UUCAAAACAAAAGGCAGGGACGGGGGUAUCAAAGAAAGAGUACAAAGAUACAAGGCAAGUGAGGAAGGCUGAGUUCAAUAACAAGCCGAUAGUAAGCGGAAGUAAGUUGCACUCACCAUUUUCUGAGUGCUGUUUGGAUGAAAUAUGACGCGUCUUAUAAAGUUCGCGUACCCGUGUAAAGUGUAUUUGUAUCUUGAUGCGCUCAAAGAGUGGAGUGGCGGGCAAAAUGUUUUGGCUGGGCACAGCAGCCAAAGGCACGCUCUGAUUGGCUAUGGCACAAGGGUUGCGCCCGGACCAGGCCGCUCUUGGCCGGCAGUGGUUGCUAGAGAGUCUCCAGCUUGUUACCUAGCGGGCUGGUGGGGGCAGGCAAAGUUGGGUCUUUCUUGUAAACAUUCCUCUUGGGCUCUAUGGCCUUCAGACGCCGCUCCGCCAAAACUCCCGAGGCGCCUUCCAUCUCUUUCCUGAAAGCAAACACCAACCUCCUGCGCACCAUUUGACAUCAUAACCCCUCCAAUUCCUACGAAGCUGACGCCCCCGCUGUUGCAGGUACGCAAUCGACCUCUCUUCCAGACCAGCCUCUUCUGCAUCGACCCGCUUGGGUAUAUUAACCUGGAUCCUGUCGCAGCAUACGCCGAAGACAUUCUUUACUCUUACGCCCGUCUUUGUCGACAUCAUGUCUUACAUGGAUGACACCCAGAACUCGGCCCCUGGAAGCCUCCCAGCCAGCAAGGCCGCCACCGGUGCUGCUACAAGCAAGAAGGUCAACGAGAAUGCGACGAAGAGACUGCAGAACGAGCUUAUGCAAAUGAUGACCUCACCUGCCCCUGGCAUCUCCGCGUUCCCCUCGGCCGACGGCAACCUGCUGUUCUGGCGCGCUACCAUUGAAGGUCCCGAAGACACACCAUAUGCUGGCCUCAACCUCAAGCUCAGCUUCGAGUUCCCUGCCAACUAUCCAUACACGCCACCCACCGUACUUUUUAUCACCCCCAUUUACCACCCCAACGUCGACUUCUCUGGCCGCAUCUGCCUCGACAUUCUCAAGGACAAGUGGACGCCUGCUUACAACACUCAAACGGUGUUGCUGAGCUUGCAGUCUCUCUUGGGCGAACCAAACAACGCUUCCCCCCUCAACGGCGAGGCUGCCGAACUCUGGGACAAGGACCCAGCUCUUUUUAAGACCAAGGUCAUGGACCGUCAUAAGGAUAUUGAGGAGGACUGAAUAGACAAAACUAAUCAAUGAGUUUACGACACACGCAUUUGCAUUUUCUUUUUGCUUGGGGGAACGGAGUCAUGACGGCGUGUUGGCUGUUUGUUGUCAAGGUGGAAAUCAAAGGCGUACUUGGUUCCUGAAGUUAAGGAUUGAAUUCCAGGGGGGGGUUGGUACAUGGAUUUCUCGCAUCGGCGCUGCCUGCUUGCAGAGUAACUCCUCAAGUACAUCGAGCAUUGUUUUUUGCAACGGACAUUGUCGUCCACGAGCGUAUCACUUUGAGAUAUACACUCCAGCGUAUCACUCUGAACAAAGGUUUCUUUCCCAACGCAA